GCAGCGGCGGGAGUCAAGUCGAGUCGAGUCCUCUCUGAGCUAUUGGCUGGUUGAGAGCAGAGCUAUCGGGCGAGCAAAAGUUGACACGCGCAUCUGACUCGGCGAGCCAUUUUUGGUGUCGAGGCCUCCCGGCAUCAUGUCCGAGGCCAUGGAAACCACGCCCGAGCAAGAACCCGUAACCGAGCAGCAGACCAGCGCUGCUGCCGAGGAGGAGACGAGCGCGUCUGCCGAGGGUCCGAAAGAGCGCUUUGUCGUGAAGAAGUGGAAUGCAGUUGCCCUCUGGCACUGGGACAUUGUUGUCGACAAUUGUGCCAUCUGCCGCAAUCACAUUAUGGACCUCUGCAUCGAAUGCCAAGCAAAUCAGGCCUCAGUCACGAGCGAGGAAUGCACAGUCGCGUGGGGCGUAUGCAACCACGCCUUUCAUUUCCACUGCAUCUCGCGCUGGCUCAAGACGAGACAAGUGUGCCCCUUGGACAAUCGUGACUGGGAGUUCCAAAAGUACGGUCGGUAAAUGAUCCAGUCACUUGUUCUAAAAAAUACCCGUCGUAUGUCGGGGCUUGGCGCGCACAUUGGCCUGGCCUCGGCCAAUCGUCGUUCUUGCUCGUCCCUGUGUGUUUUGAGGCGCGUGUAGUUUACAACACACACAAAAGCGACAGUGUGUGUGUGUUUUUUUCCGAGCCUCCCCCGUGUUUCUUGUGCGUCUUCUCAUCCCCGUCGCUGUUCUUCCUGGUGGUGAAGUUCUUCCAAGUCUGCCCGUGGCCCUUUCAUCUUGCCUUCUUCUUUCCCUUUUGUUUGUUGCUGAUCAAGCUGCGUUCCCGGCUCCUGUGCCCUUGCAAAAGGAAUUCAUUCAGUGCUAC